AUGCUUGAAGUCAAAGAUAAAGAUUUAGAAAGUGGCAAAGCUGGAAGUGAUGGAUUAUAAUCAAAUUCAUGUUUAAGAGAAAUAUAAAAAUUAUAAGAUGAAAACGCUAAGUUAUAUAAGAAGAUUUCAGAAUUAGAAAAUCAAAUUUUUGAGUAAAAUUCUAAAUAAAGUGAUUAAAAUGAAACUAGAAAACUUCAAAUUUAAAUUACUUAACUUGAAUAAUCAAAAUUCUUGAUUAAUGCAUAAUUGAGCUAGAGGGAAGCCACAAUCACAUAGCUUUAGAGAUAAAUUCAAGGACUUGUAGAAGAAAGUAGUAUGAAAUCUGAAGGUGAUUAAUAUAUUUAGGAAAGAAAAAAGAAUGCUGAAUUGUAACUUUAAAUUAGUAGUUUUGAUAAUUAAGAAAAAGUUUGGAAAUCAAAAUUAAAUGAUAUUGAAUAUAAGCUUAAAGAAUAAGUGUUAAUAAAUUAGAAUUGGAAACUAAAGUAAAUUCUUAAAAUCCCACUAUAAUCAUUACAAAUUCUUAAAAAAGAAGAUUAAAAAAGAUCAAUUAACUGUCUCUUCUCUUCUGUUCUUUAUUAAAUUAAACUAUUUUAAAAGGAAAAUAAGAGUUUAACAAUAAGAGAGGAAGAUGAUGAAUAAUUAAUAUUAUAGAAACUUUAAUAAUAUCGAGGAGACUAUAUCAACUUUAGAUUCAGAGUCGAAUAAAUCUUAACAAGAAUAACUGCAUUGAAAUAACAAAUGCUUUAAGUUAUCUCAGAAGCAAAAAUAUAAGGAAAAAAAAAGAAUUAGAUAAAAAUAUGGAUGUAGAAAACUUAGUUAUGUACUUCAAAUUACUUUUAGAUUCAUAAGCUGUUUAGUACAGUAAUUAACUGUAACUAUGUUAGCAGUAUGAAGCAGAACUUAAAUCAUUCUAAAAUAAUACAAGUCCUCAAGGAUAAAUUAUAUAAUAAGUGAAGGAAUUAUUAACAAAAGCUCUGUUAUUAACUUAAUAAUAAAUAUACCAAUUUGCAGAACCAAAGGUUUCAAUUAAACUUAGAAAAGAUUAGGAUGAAGAAGAUGCUAGACUAAUAUUGGAAGCUAGAAAUCAAUAAAUCUAAUGGCUCAAAAAUUUUAUUAAAGAAAAAUAAGAUCAAUUAGCCCUGUGA